GCAUUUUAAAUAGAACUAUGGAAGAGUUAUGUGAUCUGCAUAAGGAAGAAGAAGAAAAGGGUAAUUAUGCCACUACAAUCCUUAAUAUAAUAGAGAGACAUUUGGAAAACAAACAGCUUAAACCGGAAGAUGUAAUUA